AUGAACCAUGCAAGGAUCACACCAUGGAGGAAUUCAGCUGAGCUGGCUGAACUGAAGGAUUGGUUUUAUAUGAAAUCUUCGUCAGCCAAGGAGGACAUGAGAUCGCGAGCUAUCCAAAGAGUGAUGAGUUAUAGAAUGAAGGGCACACAGUACUUACCUCACGUGAUAGAUACCACAGCACAGCUGACGACGUCUAUGUUACUGGAUGAAGCACAAGUCUGUGUGGAUGAGAUGAAUGUUCGAUUGAGUUAUAUGAUGUCGCUGAUAAGAUUUGUUAAUGGGGUUUUGGAUCCGACUCAGCAAUCGCAAUUCGCUAUACCCUUACAUGUCCUAGCCAAGAAAGUGGGACUGAGUUCCUGGUUUGUGGAUUUGAGACAUUGGGGGACUCAUGAAAGGGAUUUGCCCGGAUUGGAUAUGUUACGGAUGGCAUGUAAGGAAGCAUUGAAUUGGCUAUGGGAUCAUUAUUGGAAUGAUGAUGAAUUAACUAACGAUAGUUCAGAUGAAGAAGAAGAUGACGAGAGGGAGGAAAGUAUUAAGGAGGAGGAAAGAAUGAAAAGAGAAUUGGAAAAAAAAUUGAGUUCUACGUUGCAGCUAUGGAAAAAGACCAAAUCAAUUUUUGUUGAAGAGAGAUGGGUUUGGGAAUCUGACAAUAGUGUGAUAAGUAGUUCAAAUUUUGUUGUGGAAGAAGAGAAUGGAACUUCAAACAAAAAGAAGAAUUCCUCGUCAUUGUCGGCAAAAGAUCAUAUUAAUUCAUUUGUGUUUGAAUUUCGAGAACUUUGGAGGAGCCAAGAUGAUAAGAGAGCUUUCAUAAGAAAAUGUAUGGAAAAUUAUGACCCAAUUUUGAUUCAAUUUUUGAUGUACAAAUUAAAUGCAUUCGAUUUUGAAUUAAUAUCUUGGAUUUUGACUUCGUACAGUAAUAGCACCGAACUUGAUAACAAGAUAUUGAAGAGACAGUUUAAUACCUGGAAAGGUUUAAGAGGGAAAUUACUGAAAAAUAUUGUUGAUCAUUUGAAUUUGAAGAAGUUAGUACAUCGUUGGGAUCAAUGGGACGAUCUGCUGACGGGGAAAAAUACCUCCUAUUUAAAACUUUGGAUCUUACAAGAAUUGUCUGCUAAGUUACAAGAUUCGCAAGCGAAUGGUAAUUCAUGGAGGAAAAAGAAGAGGAAAAGACAAGCAAAUAACGAGCAAGAAGUACUGAAUAAGAUUUCUGAUCAUAUUGAUACUUUAAAGAAACGAUUUAAUGAGAGUGAAAUGAGUGUCUAUGAUGUGUUGAAAAGUGGCCCAGUUGAAUCAUCUCCCAAAGUGGAUGUUAAGAAUGAAGUUAAAGAUUCAAAAGUGAAUUCCAUCUUGGGUGAUUUGGCCAAUUUAAAGAAAAGAAUGAAUACUAUAGAGUCAAAGGCAAGUAAUAGUGAAUCUAUCAAACCGGAGAUAAAAUUAUGGGAAAGGAAAACAGAUUGGGAACCAACACCCAUAGGAGUUCUUAGAUAG